AUGGCUCUGAAAGUUCUCAUUUGCGGCGGAGGUGUCGCAGGCCCGGCCCUCGCCUACUGGCUUGCCCGAAUUGGUCACGAAGUCGUUGUCGUCGAACGUUUCCCGGCUCUGAGAGCUACAGGUGCCCAGAUCGACCUCCGUGGUCAAGGGAUUGAGGCUGUCAAACGCAUGGGUCUCAUCGACGCGGUUCGCGGAAAGCUCGUUGACGAGGCAGGCGUCUCCUUCAUUGACGCCAAGGGCAAUGUCAAGGCGACGAUCCUCGCCAAUAAGUCGGGCAAGGGUGCACAGUCUCUGACAUCCGAGUAUGAGAUCAUGCGUGGUGAUCUUGUGCGCAUAUUCUACGAAGCAACAAAAGACAAUGUCAAAUAUAUCUUCGGCAGAACGGUGGAUGGCUUCAUGGAAAAUGAUCAAGGGGUAGUUGCCUACUUUUCCGACGGCUCUUCUGACACGUUUGACCUACUUGUUGGAGCUGACGGGCAGGGCUCACACAUUCGAAGGAACAUCCUACCCCCUGGCGCUCCAGAUGCAUAUCACCAGCUCGGAAUACACAUGGCCUACUGGUUUGUACCAUCUGUUGAAAGCGACAACAAUAUGUGCAAGUCGUAUAUAUGUCCCGGUGGUCGAUUGAUUAUGACCAGAAGCCAUAACAAAACCGAAACCCAGGUCUACUUCAUGCUUACAUCUGAUUCCGAGGAACUACGGAAUAUCCCGAAAGGUUCGGUCGGGCAGCAAAAGCAUUUUUGGGCCGAAAAGUUUCGCGAUGCAGGGUGGCAGGCCGAUCGUUUUAUCAAAGGGAUGGACACUACAGAGAACUGGUUCUGUCAGAAUGCCGUCCAAAUCAAGACAGAUACCUGGCACUCCGGUCGGGUCGUCCUUCUCGGUGAUGCGGCACACUGUCCUUCUCCCUUGACUGGCAUGGGGACAAGUACCAGUCUAGCUGGGGCAUAUGUCCUGGCCGGAGAGCUUGCUCGCAGUGAAGAUCUAUCCCAUGCGUUCCAAAAGUACUCACAGAUCAUGCGACCAUUCAUCGACGAGGUUCAGCAGUUCAACAUUGGGUGGAUCCGAUUGGCAGUCCCGAAAUCGCAGUGGGCGAUUUCUCUUGUUCAUCUGAUCAUAGGAGUGGCUUGCUUUCUUCGCAUACCGCAGCUCAUAUCACGAUUUUCAGGUGAAGGGGAUGGAGACUGGAAACUCCCUGAUUAUCCGGAAUUAAACGUUGAACACAUUGAUCUUUGA